AGGAAGUGACGUCAUAAAUAAGUACCUCUGUACAGUUGAUUUUCCGGCUACCAGCCAAGCGGUCGGAGUGUAAAUCGCUCUGUGAAUUUCCCCACACAAAAACCAGUCCUGAUUGUCAACUAAAGCAGAGCAGACGCUUCUCUGGGAGAUCACCCUGUACCAGCUUUUCAAAUGAGUGACGGGGAGUGUGACUUCUUCUGCUUCUUCCGCUGCUGCUGAGCGCGCGCUCUCUACGCGCCUCAGGAAGGCAGUGUGUCUCAGAACAUUGACACAGGCAGGUUGAAGGGGACGCAGGGAGAAACAGGGAGGUGGAGCUUCAAACGAGAAAUAUCAGCCAAUCGGACCACUUGGAUCUGACGGGUAGGCGGGCCGUCUACCUGGUCGCGUGGUUGAUUCAAUCGAUUGAAUGUCUGUGGACAUGAACAGCCAGGCGUCGGACAGCAAUGAGGAAGACUUCGGUGUGAACUCUGAAGAAGAGGACGAUGAGGACGAUGGAGGAGAAGAGGACGAUCAGGGCGACAUUGCAGGCUACUAUGAUGGCGUGGCCAAUGAUGUGGAGCAACAGGGCGCUGACUCCUUUGAUCCAGAGGAGUAUCUGUUCACCUGUCUGACCUACAAAGAGAGUCAGAGGGUGCUGAUAGAGGAGGUUAACACUGUGGCUGCUGCACUGAAGGUUUUACCAGCGGUAGCUAAACUGAUCCUGGUGCAUUUGCACUGGCAGGUUUCACAAAUACUGGAAAGAUAUAAGUCCAACUCGUCUCUGCUGUUGUCAGACGCUCUGGUCCAGCCCAGCAGCACCUGCAGAUCAGUCACUGCCCCUCAGUCCCUCCAGUGUGGUGUAUGUCUACAGGUCGUACGGAGAGACUCCCUGCUGGCACUGCCAUGCCAGCACUCCUUCUGCAAAGGAUGCUGGGAGCAGCACUGCACUGUCCUGGUCAAAGAUGGCCUGGGAGUGGGUAUCCCGUGUAUGGCUCAGGACUGUUCCCUGCAGAUGCCAGAAGACUUUGUCCUGCCGCUGCUGCCAGGAGAGGAGCUGAAGGACAAAUACAGACGCUACCUCUUCAGAGACUACGUCGAGAGUCACUUCCAGUUGCAGUUGUGUCCAGGUGCAGACUGCCCCAUUGUCAUCAAGGUGCAGGAGCCCCGGGCGCGCAGGGUGCAGUGUAGCCGCUGCAGUGAAGUCUUCUGUUUUAAAUGCCGUCAGAUGUACCACGCACCCACAGACUGCGCAACAAUCCGGAAAUGGCUGACCAAAUGUGCAGAUGACUCGGAGACGGCUAACUAUAUCAGUGCACACACUAAAGAUUGUCCUAAGUGCAAUAUCUGCAUUGAGAAGAACGGAGGGUGCAAUCACAUGCAAUGCUCCAAGUGCAAACACGACUUCUGCUGGAUGUGUCUUGGCGACUGGAAGACUCAUGGCAGUGAAUACUACGAGUGCAGCCGCUACAAAGAAAACCCUGAUAUAGUCAACCAGAGCCAACAGGCUCAGGCCAGAGAGGCCCUCAAGAAAUACCUCUUCUACUUUGAGAGAUGGGAGAAUCACAACAAGUCUCUGCAGUUGGAGGCUCAGACGUACCAGAGGAUCCAGGAGAAGAUCCAGGAGAGAGUGAUGAACAACCUGGGAACCUGGAUCGACUGGCAGUACCUGCAUAACGCUGCAAAGCUCCUGGCUAAGUGUCGCUACACACUGCAGUAUACGUACCCUUACGCCUAUUAUAUGGAGUCUGGCUCUCGCAAGAAACUGUUUGAGUACCAGCAGGCCCAGCUGGAAGCAGAAAUAGAAAACCUGUCAUGGAAGGUGGAGCGGGCCGACAGCUACGAGAGGCCAGUGGGAGGCGAGGGGGAGCUCAGCGCCAGUGACAGAGGGGAUCUGGAGAAUCAGAUGCACAUUGCUGAGCAGAGGCGACGCACGCUGCUGAAGGAUUUCCAUGAUACCUGAAGCUCCACCGCGACUGCAAAGCACCAGCAUCUCCCUCCUAACUUCUUCUUUGCCUCCUUGCUUCCUACCUUUGCUUCCUUGCUUCCUAUCUUUGCUUCCUUCUAUGACCAUCCCUCGGUGCAGUCAUACUGACCCCUCCUUCUGCUUCUCUGCACUCACUCAUUUGAUUCUUUCUUUGUCUUUCGCUCCCCUCACUCCCAUAAUGCUGCAGGGUCACGAUUGUAUCUCCCCUUUCUCUUCUCAUGCUUACCUUAUUUACAUGUUUUGGCUACAGAGCAUCAUAUUCACCAUGGUUACACUUGUUGCAGCUUUCAGAUCUGAUCAUGAAGGUCACAUUUUUGAGGUCUUGUCAUGUGUCUGAAAACAGUGGGUAUGCUUUUAUUCCACAUUAAGCAUUUAGACACAGACUUGAGCAGCUAAAAGCAACAUUUUGCCUGUUUUAAAAAAAGAAAAAGAAAAAAAUAAGCUGUUAUUCUCCAACAUUAUUCCUGUGAUGCUGGAAUAAUCAUUGGAGAGAAAUGUAAGUUGAUGAAGAAGCUUUUGUUAAGAAGACAAGGAAGCUAGGGGAGGUGGAAUACAUUUCUUUCAGGAGACUGAUGAUUGUGGAUCUGUAUUUGGUGGUUUCACAUAGACCGUAAUGAUGAGGGGGCACUUGCUGGUAGUUGAAGCACUUACUGUAUUGGCCUGAAUGCAUGCAAAGUUGCUUUUCUAACACAAAUCACAUUAAAAUUUCAGUUACCCCUCCUAAACUGCAAAAGCUUAAAUGACAUAAAUGAAUAAGAAAUUGAUUAGAACAACAAUGAUUAGGUAGUUGUGGAAGGUUAAAUUGAAAAAGCUGUCAGUUGGUGGGGUGUGAUCCUUCUACUGCCCUGGCUUUGAUUUGAACAAACUUUAUUAUCAGCCAGGAAGGACGAGUGCAACUUCACAGGCCAAUGAAGAAUUCUCAACGGCAGAUUCUUGAGACCUUUUCAUUGUCGUAGUGCUUUUAAAAAAUAUAUUUCUGCCAUCAACGUAUACAUGGUGUGUUUACUGUGGAAAAAUGGUGACCUCACAGUCCCACAUACUCCUUGAAUAUACAGAAUACAGUAUUUUCCUACGUUUGAUGCAUGUUCAUGUAAACAAAGUACUAAAGAAAAAGAUGAAUGUGUUUAAAUGACGACUUUUUUUAGAUUAUGUUGCCAGUGUUUCACAAUAAACACACCUUCCCCCUUUGUAUGUUUGUUAGUACCUGACCUGCUACAGCUACUACUGCCAGCAAAUAGUUACUAGUCUUUAUGGUCGAAGUAAAACUACUGAAUUACUUCGUCCCAUUCUUGUCUCUUUACAUUGUCUUACUGAUGUUGUUGCUUGAUUGUGUUCAGCUAGUGUAGAUCCAAACCAGUGUGAGCCAGACCUCCAUAAAAAACAAACAUUUGCAUCUACACUGAUCUGAUGAUGAAGUUAAGUGUAAUCUCAUGCAUUCAUGCAAACGGCACCCACAUUGACAUAUGCAUUUGCAUGCAUAUACCAUGCACACAUCUCUGCAGAAAAUAAACAUUAACAGUUCAUUUGUCUCCUUCCCCCAUCCUGUGCACCCUUCUCUACAUUCAUCCCCUCACUUUAUUUUGCUCUUUUCAUCUUGCUCACAUUGUUGACUUUUCAUUGGAAAAUGGCUGUUGAUAGAUCGUUUAACAAAAAAAAAGAAAAAGGAAAAAAUACAAAAAAAUGUUGUAAUUUUCAACGGUUGUACAUUAAUACAGAAUUAGAGUUACUGAGAGUUUUUAAAACCGGA